ACGAAAUCGUUUUCAUGGAUGACCUGGACCCGGGAGAGGUAGCACCAGAUACCCUCAUGAUAACGGGGUAGUUGUGUCUACGGGCUUUUAAACUCUGGAAUGUUUGAACUGGAUGGUUCUGUGUGUAGACGUUAUCCGACGCUUUCCAGGGGGUGAGCAGACGCCUAUUCAAUGCCGUCGUUACUCUUACCAAAACUGUCUCCAGACAUGGGCAGUUGUCCCCUGGAGGAGAAAAAUCGCCCAGUUGAAAAACCACUAUUUUUUUCUGAACCCCCAACUCGGCUAUAAUGUAAAGGCUAUAGCUGAAGGUUUAUCCCGCCUCAGUCUCAUUAACCUGAUUAGGAUUGUGACCCAAAGGACUAAUGGCGUAUCGAGAUUGGCCCACAAUAUGCGCAAGUGAAAUUCAUCCUUUAGGUUGCGACUUCAGGCAUUGUAUCUUGACACAAUGAAGAACCAAGUGCUGUGUCUGCCCAGAUGUCUUACAACAAAAGUCGUCCAAAGCCACCGGCAAGCAUUCCGUCUUCCUUCCUGGCUUUAAACAGACCCAGCUUUUCAGAUAAGUGCAAGGGCUGGCCAAGAAUCCUGACGGACCUAGUCCAUUCUCCACGGGGGUGGAGUCCUCAAAGACUGAAUGAAGCCAAUACAGGAGGCAAUCACAUAAAGAUGGUACCUAAAAGCUUUAAUGGAGGAAUGCGUGGGAACUGUCACUCACAUUAGAGAAACAUGACGCGCGCUCCUGAGGUCUCUUCUGGAAAUGACUAAAUGAACUCAGUUGUUGUCUCCGAUUGAUUUCAAAAUAUUUGACACAAGAUUUUGCUUCUGUCUCUGGUACUAAACAAAGAAUCACUUCCCAGAAGGGAGACCCCAAAUUGCUAAGGCGUUUAGAGGCAGGCAAAGGAUUUCUUGGGCAGACCUCUGCCCUCAUUCAAGAUGGCCAUAAGGAAGCGUGCCCUUUCCGGUCACAUGACCGCCGGGGCGCAGCAGGACUCCUCCCCGCGCGUGCGUAGUGCGCCGGGGCUGCGAGGCGCUGAGGGGAGAGGCGCCGCCAGCGCUGCCCGGGGGACCCGUUAGAGCGGAAGCGCAGCCGACGCCUCUGCCGUCGCGGGGUUCCCGGCAGGUGAAGCGGGAGCCAUGUCGAAGCGGCUCCGGAGCAGCGACGUGUGCGCCGACUGCAGCGGGCCGGAUCCUUCAUGGGCAUCAGUAAACAGGGGAACUUUUAUAUGUGACGAGUGUUGCAGUGUUCAUCGGAGUCUAGGGCGCCAUAUCUCCCAAGUAAGGCAUCUUAAACAUACACCAUGGCCUCCAACACUGCUUCAGAUGGUUGAGACCUUGUACAACAAUGGUGCUAAUUCUAUAUGGGAGCAUUCUUUGCUGGACCCUGCAUCUAUUAUGAGUGGCAGACGGAAAGCUAAUCCACAGGAUAAAGUACACCCCAAUAAAGCAGAAUUCAUCAGAGCCAAGUAUCAGAUGCUAGCAUUUGUGCACCGAUUGCCCUGCCGUGAUGACGACAGUGUGACUGCCAAAGACCUCAGCAAGCAACUCCAUUCAAGUGUGAGAACAGGGAACCUUGAGACCUGUCUGAGAUUGCUGUCUCUAGGAGCCCAAGCCAACUUCUUCCAUCCCGAAAAAGGAAGCACUCCACUCCAUGUUGCCUCCAAAGCGGGACAGAUUUUACAGGCUGAAUUGUUGGCAGUAUACGGAGCUGACCCAGGCACACAAGAUUCUAGUGGGAAGACUCCUGUUGAUUAUGCAAGGCAAGGAGGGCACCACGAGCUGGCAGAACGCCUCGUAGAAAUACAGUAUGAGCUGACUGACAGACUGGCCUUCUACCUCUGCGGCCGGAAACCAGAUCACAAAAACGGACAGCACUUUAUAAUCCCUCAAAUGGCAGACAGCAGCCUGGAUUUGUCUGAGUUGGCAAAAGCUGCCAAGAAGAAACUUCAAUCUCUAAAUAAUCAUUUGUUUGAAGAACUUGCCAUGGAUGUGUAUGAUGAAGUUGACAGGCGAGAGACUGAUGCAGUCUGGCUUGCCACGCAAAACCACAGCACCCUGGUAACCGAGACAACCGUCGUUCCCUUUCUACCGGUCAACCCUGAGUACUCCUCAACACGAAACCAGGGCAGACAGAAAUUAGCUCGGUUUAACGCCCAUGAAUUUGCUACACUAGUCAUCGAUAUCCUCAGUGACGCCAAGAGGAGACAACAGGGCAGUUCUCUCUCCAGGUCAAAAGACAAUGUGGAACUCAUAUUGAGAACAGUCAGUAGCCAGCACAGCACUGAGAGCCAGGACAACGACCAGCCAGACUAUGACAGCGUGGCCUCAGACGAGGACACAGAUGUGGAAACCAGAGCAAGCAAGGCAAGCCGGCAGAAGAGCCUAGAUUCAGAUUUGUCAGAUGGACCAGUCACUGUGCAGGAAUUUAUGGAGGUCAAAAGCGCCCUAGUGGCUUCUGAGGCCAAGAUACAGCAGCUAAUGAAGGUGAAUAACAACUUGAGUGACGAGCUGAGAAUUAUGCAGAAAAAGCUUCAAACUCUACAGACUGAGAAUUCAAGCCUCAGGAAACAGGCCACAACCAAUGCCUAUCAGGCGCAGACUGGUUCUGACUACCCAGACACUUCCAGCCACUCUUCCUUAAAGCGCCGGCCAUCUGCCCGGGGCAGUAGGCCCAUGUCCAUGUAUGAGACUGGAUCAGGUCAGAAACCAUACCUACCAGUGGGAGGAGCCAGCCACCCCGAAGAAGGCAGGACAAGACCCCAACCCUUCCCUGCUCAUAUUGGGAGGAGUGCACUUGUGACCUCCUCUUCGUCUCUGCCUUCCUUCCCCUCCACACUUUCCUGGUCCAGGGAUGAAAGCACCCGAAGGGCCUCCAGGCUGGAGAAGCAGAACAGCACACCGGAGAGCGAUUAUGACAACACUGCCUAUGACACUGAGCCAGAUGACAUGGUGUCAAACCGGAAGGGACGGCAAAGGAGUAUGCUGUGGCAAGGUGAUGGCUCAUUGCCAGACACAGCAGAGACGCUCGUGAUCCCCAGCACCACCCUCCCCAGCACAGAAGAUGUCAUCCGGAAGACCGAACAGAUCACCAAAAACAUCCAGGAGCUCCUAAGAGCAGCCCAGGAGAGCAAGCAUGACAGCUAUAUCCCCUGCUCAGAGAGGACACAUGCUGCGGUGACCGAGAUGGCUGCCUUGUUCCCCAAGAAACCCAAGUCUGACACGGUGAGGACUUCCCUCCGGUUACUGACGUCCAGUGCCUACCGACUCCAGUCGGAGUGCAGAAAGGCCCUUCCAGGAGACUCGAGCUUACCCACGGAUGUGCAGCUGGUCACUCAGCAGGUCAUCCAGUGUGCCUAUGAUAUCGCCAAGGCCGCCAAACAGCUGGUUACGAUCACCACCAAAGAGAACAACAACUGAACUGCAGGGCGCUGUCUUCUGUUUUCUAGGUUUCUGAGAGUCCAGCUUCAGUUUAGAUGUGAACUCUUCAGAUUUUUACAGACACGUUUAAUGAUGACGUAAAACUUUUUAAAAGGAAAACUCAGUAUUAUUUUUGCAUGUUUUCUAACAGAUUUUCGACUGUAAUUUAACCAUUGCCUUAUUUGUGCCUGUUUGCCGCUUAGCUCUGUUCCGUUGUUUUGUCACCAAGCGCUUAGGUCAUUAUCAGAUAUGUUUAAAAGUAAUUGUUCAGUUUGUUAAAACUUUUCCAUCCUUUAAAAAUCUCUACCCAUGGCUAAAACUAUAAUUGAUAUUUUUAGUAAAACAUUUUCUUAAGAGAUAAGAGAGUUGGGUUUAAAAAAAUAUUUUCAGCAGUGUUUGCUCCUUCCGAGCGGGGACUCUCGGUAUGUGCGUGGAGAGUGUGUCCUCGCCACUCCCUAAAGAGAGCUCACCUCUCAGGAGGGACAAGGAAGUAACCCACUUCUAACUUUUGUACCAUGUUGUAUUGUGUUAUUUAAUAUUUUUAUCUUGAUUUUCUACCUAUAAAGAUUUUACCAUCAUACUGAAGUCUCCAUAAUGUCCAGAAAAGUAGUUAUGAAUCCACGCUCUACAUCCUGUUCAGGGCAGGAGCACCACCCCUUGUGAAGGGCCGCUUCCCCCAGCCAGACAGUCACUCAGAACCACAGUUCUCGCAGGCUGUUGCUGACGCCCCUGCCGUGGUGGACAGCAUAGUGCACCCUUCAUCUUUUCACCCUUUACAGCUUCGAAUGUCUCCUCUGGAAGGAUGUCUUCCCAAGUAAGAAGCAGCCGUCUCCGUUUCCCCCACCCCUCCCUGGUACUCUGAGCUCCCAGCUGCUGUGGCUGGCUGCAGCUCUCCCAAAGCUCUGCAGGGGCAGAGGUUGACAUCCAGGCCAUGGCAGCACUGGUGUUACAGUACUUACAGCUCUUUCUGGUCCAUUCCUGUCCCAGCAUUUCACACCUGUCUUGUUCUGGGUAGAGCUCAGGCCCUGACCUGAGAGAGCAGGCAGUGCGGCUGCGAAGCCAGCCAGUUGCACAGCAGAUCCCAGGGCAUCUGGAGAGCGCGCCCCUCCGGCAAGGACAGCAGCUCUUCUCUCGGUUGCUCCUCUCACAUUGCUGUGGACCUGUGUUUGCCAGACCUUUGGUUUUUCAAGAUAACAGGAAUUUGGGUUAUUUUACGCCAUGUGGACAGUCAACACAGACAUUCUAGGGUCUGUAAACUGCAACAUGAGGGCUGUCAUUGCUGGCCACCAGAAGCAGCCUUUGAGCCAGCCAUGGAAGGCAGCAAUCAGCUGCUAUGAAGUCACCAUCAGUCUCUUCCCCAUAUGUUCUGUGGGAAUGAUCAAAGUGGAGGUCACCUCACUGUGUGCUGAGCCUGACUCAUCACCAUUGUGGCUUGGCCAAAUUCUGUCCUGGAAACAGCGCCACUACAGAGUCAGGUGCACCAGGUCAGCUUGCCUCAAAUGGUGUGGUCUGGGGAAGGAGCAGCUCUCCAGAAGCACUUGUCUAGCCAGGCAACCUGUGGGAUACCCAGGAGUGCAUUUAGAAAGGGGCCUGCUAGUUUGAGCUCAGGUAUUGUUUUUUACAAGCUUUCUGCCUGCUUCAAGGACUGUACUGCCCUUCUGGUUCCAAUCCAUGUUUCCCAUGAUCCCCAGGGAGUAUGGGCCUCUGUUAAGCAGCUUCUAGGAAGAGAAUUGUUUGUCAGAUGGAACAGUGUUUCUGUGAAAAGGCAAGGACAUGCCACAGAGGACACUGUCUAUAGAAAAUCAAGGAACAUGGGGCCAGUGCAGCAUUUCCAGAUGCCCUCAAGAACACCAGAGUUCGCAGUCAGUCCUUUGUCUUCCUCAGGCUGAAGCUCCCUGGUGGAGGCUGAGGAAACAGCAGGAGGUGCCACACAGAGUCUUGCAGGAGACCUGGGGUCAGAAUAUACUGUUCCUAUAGGCAAACACAUCUUGUCUCAAUGCUUGUCCUGGCCAUUCUUGCAUGUGGGUCCCAUUGCCUGCGCAAGGCAGCUCUGCCUCCCCUCAGGCUGCUCUGUCCCUUCUUCCCUGGCAUUCUGCCUUCGUGCCUGUGUACCUCACUUCUGGAGACUGAGAAGAUGAAGGUACAAUUGAUGAACAGACCCUGUCCCAAGCUCCAUUUGCAGAAGGCCCCGUGGCCUCAGCACGAUGGUUCUUAACUUGCCAAAGACUAAGUCCAGUGUUGUAUGCCAUUGGGACUAUAAUCACAGUGUCAGUGUUCUACCCUGACUCCAGUGACCCUCAUUGAAAGUAGCACAUUUUGGUCCUCCACGGCUCCCAUGAGCCUCGUGUAGUCCAGUUUCCUUUCCUUCCUUGUCCUAGUUGGAUAUCGCCCAUGCUUUUACAAAACAAAUGCUGCAUCUCAUCCCAGUUGUUAACCCGAGCUGCUUACUCUCCUGUACUUGUUUCUCAUUGUCAUUAAACAUUGUGUUCCUGGAGUUACUGUCCCCUUGUGUAAAAUUGUUCUGGAAUUUGUGCCUGCCAGUCAUGCAAUAAACAGUCUCUUGAAGUGUC